ACAAAAUGGUGGAAUGACGCGUUGAGACAGCAGUGAAGCCGAAACUUAUUGUUCGUGUCUUUAGGGGAAGUUUGUGUGGCAUUUUUAAGUUUGAAAAUAUCCAGCUGAUGAGAAUGAACCAUGUCAUGAGGUCUUCGAUGUUCCUCGUUUUCUCAGCCCUCUUCAUCGGCCCCAGCCUGGCGAUAAACGUGCAGUGCCCUGCCAAGAGAUAUGUGGUGAUCCUCUUCCAGCCGGUGACGCUGCAGUGUCAGUACCAGACCUCCGACCCUAACCAGCCGCUGGUCACAUGGAAGUACAAAUCCUUCUGCAGGGACCCCAUCGACAUGGCCCUGAACCCCAGCAGCUCCGAUAACGCCCUGUCCCAGACCAACCCCAACUACGACCCGGUCACAGAGUGCCCAGACAACCAGCGCACGGUGCGCAUUGUGGCGACCAAGCAGCUCUCCGUUACACUGGGAAAGGAAUACCAGGGCCGCAGGAUCAGCAUCAAUAAUAACGCUGACCUGAGCAUUGCUCAGACUGCAUGGGGAGACAGUGGCGUUUACAUCUGCACCGUGGCCUCUGCAGUGGACCUCUCGGGAAAUGGAGAAUGCUACACUGAACUCAUUGUGCUCGAAAGAAAGGCAAAUACCACAGACCUGCUGCCUGGCAUUGAUUUGCUGGUCAUGGAAGACAAGCUCCUGGUGGCACUGGUGGUGAUCGGAUUCUUUCUCCUGCUGCUGCUAAUUGGGAUCUGUUGGUGCCAGUGUUGUCCACACACGUGCUGCUGUUACGUGAGGUGCCCAUGCUGUCCUGAGCGCUGCUGUUGUCCGAGGGCAUUAUACGAGGCAGGAAAAGCCAUCAAAUCAGGUGGUGUGCCAAGUCAUUAUGCACCAACUCUGUAUGCGCCGCCCAGCAUGUACGCCCAGCCUAUGAGUGGAAUGGGAGGAGUAACACAUGGGAUCCCGAUGCUUCCUAUGCCGCCACAGUCAAUGGGCAUCCCCCCAUCUGAUUACAACAGGGACUACGAUCAUGCCAGUUCAAUCGGGCAGGGUUCCCAGGUUCCUCUUCUCCAGGACCAUGAAGGUGGCGGCCCAACUCGCAGUGGAUAUCGCAUUCAGGCCAAUCCGGAUGGGAAUCCGACUCGUGUGCUGUACUACAUGGAGAGGGAGUUGGCCAACUUGGACCCCAGCCGACCUGGGGAUGCUGCUGGAAAAUACAACCGCAUGGAUGGUAUGAGUGAGGUGAGCUCCUUGCAUGACCAGCCGGACCCCCGAUCACAAGGGCACUCGAGGCCCCCCCAGCUGAACACCAUCUACGAUGACCCAGACGAUCGCAUGAGCGCCAUCAGCAGCGUCUCCCAACACAGCCGUCCCAGACCACCACGUUACCGUGACAACAGCCCUGCUGCCCACGGGUACAGGGGCCGUGCCCGCUCCAUGGACAACCUAGAUGCCAUAUACUCCAGUGAUGAUGGCUACGCACGAGACUACAGGGAAGGAAACCGAGGUGGUCGAAGGGGCUCGGAUGACUACAGUCGCCGCUACGACGACGACCGCGGUCGCCGACAGGACCACUACUCUGGUGACGCCCACAACCGAAACGGGCCUCGCGGCGCCGGCUUCCAGGGUCGCCGAAGCCGUAGCCGUGACGACCUGAUGGAUUACGAGACGAGAGGCAAAAACGACGAAUACGACGACGAAUUCCUGCGCAAAGCUCUGGAGAAGAAGAAACUGGGAGAGUCGUCUGCUGCUCAUCAUCACAGCCGCGAUCGUCUCGACCGCAUGGAGAAAAGAAACGAUAGUGACAACUACCGUGGACCCCCUCCACUGCCUACGUCACCUCCCUCUGGCUACCCGGAGGAAUAUCAGUUACCAUAUGAUCAGGAGAGCACAGCCUCUUCCAAGAGAAGCAAUCUACGCAAGAACGGAGCAGUGAGUCGUGAGAGCUUGGUUGUGUGAUGGGCUUUCAGUAAGUAUUGUAUCUGGCUUGGUGGUCUUUUCAAGUUUUAUUAAAGAAUCGCCUGUUAAGAUACCCCGCCCACCCAAUGCAAAGGAAUAUGCUCGUGUUCGAUCUCCUAAGGGGGCGUUGUCCCCUCCUUCUACUCUUUCUUUGGCUUUAAGUGGUGGCUUGCAUCAGAUGUGCACUACCGUCAUCUACAGCGCUCAACCUAAAGUCUCCAAAGGUCUCCUAAAGGGGCGUUGACCUGACGGAAAAUGGAUCCAGGGAAAGUAUGGGCUUGGUGUAUUUUACUCGAAUAGACGAUUCUUUGGUUUUAGGAUCACAUUUAGUUUCUUGGGACCUCUGAACAAAGGAACUAUUUUUUAAUGCUCGGGAUGUAUUACAUUAACUCUUGGCUAGUAAUUCAUUUAGAAUGUGUGUAUCUGCAACAUUUCCAGAGAUAUGAUGUUCGGCAGCUCUAUGAAUGCUGAAACUUCUUAACAAAUGCCUCAGUAGUGAUUAAUUAUUAUUAUUCUUUUAUAUUUUUAAUGCUCUUAAGGAGCAAAUUGUUUGUACAGAUUUUUUCAUUUUACAGGGUGGGCCAAAAAUAUGUGACAUAUUUUAAAUGUUUUUAUUUCAUAAUUAAUGAUGAUGACAUAAGAAACCUGAAUAACUCAUCCUGGAGAUCUUUAUACAAUAAAUAUGCCUCCGCCCUCUGUUUUCUCUACCUGCAUCUGAUCAUGCAUUAGUGCAUCUGACUGUUCACCGCAGACUUUUUGUACUAAUACCUUAUGAAAGGUACAUGAACUGAUAAACUGCUGUAGUGCCACUGUUUCAACAUGGCCGCAGUCACAUCAGAACUAACACUGUGGCAUCAUUUUUGUGAUGUCAAGCUCACACGGUAGUCUCUCCCAAAAUUGACAUCCACACACACACACACACACACACACACACACACACACACACACACACACACACACACACACACACACACACACACACACACACACACACGAGUAUACUGUAUAUGGACACUGUUUUCCCAGUCUUCUUCGUGACUUUGCCACAGGGCAAAGGCAUUCAGCAGAACCUAAGCCGACUAGUCUCAACCUUGCCAACCUUGUCACAAACUCAGAUUUGUUUAAAAAUCCACCAUGGUGACGCAUAGCCAUCCUUCAGUCACACUUUAGACAGUAUUCUAAAUAGUAUUUUAUUUAUAUAAGAGCAAAGGUUGGCUUUGAUGGACUACGGGCUAUGUGUGCAUGAUCUACAUUGUAGCCUCAACUAACCGCCAUGGACAAUUGUAAACCACCACCCCCCGAUUGUCAGGCUAGGACAAAAUUGCUGGGGGAAAAGACGUGACGUGAAGUGCAUCCAAAUGUGUGUCAUACUUUUGGUCCACCCUGCAUUUUAUACAGUCAAUGUUUGGAUUUUUUUCACACAAAGAACAGUUACUAUUGCAGUACUUACUGGUAUAAAGUUAAUUGCAUUUGAGUUAAUUACAUUACCUAUUAUCAUGGAUUCAACAAACCUAUCUUGUAUUGAAAUGAUUAACAUGUACAUAUUUAUUUGACUGGUGUAACAUGUAUUGUGUGUAUUUCAACCAAGAAUAUGCCAACCUUUUAAUCAUCUGACUUGCUACAAACAUUCAGUGCUUUUUCGUGCACAGCUUAGUUGAGCAAUUGGAAGUAAUUGACUGCAGUGUAAUAAUUUUCUGGUAGUUUCACCUUUAAUUCUUCUCAAUCUUUGGUGGUAUUUCUUGUGACCCUGAUGGAAUUUUGACAGUGUGUUUGAUACUUCUGUGUAAACGUGACCAACAUCUUGGCAAUUCCAAGACGGCCACAUCCCUUUGGAAGACUUCAAAAUUGUUUUAGAGACUUUUCAGAUCUUGUUAUAUCUAUUUUGUGGCCUAUUUUCCCAGAGGAAAAAAAGUUGCCUAAUAAUUAUUGCACACCUGAUAUAGGGUGUUGGGCUCCUUAGAUCACACCCUCCCUUUUUAUACAACUGCAUGACCUGGAAUGCUUAAAUCCAGUAGGUUUUCAUGUUCAUACAGGUUGGUGUUGGAAAAUAUGCAUAAAAAGUACGAUAUGGUCAAAAAACUUGUUUUCCUAAUAAUUCUGCACGCUGUUUACAUGCCAGCAUAGUUUGGCUAAAAAUUGCAUUUUUGGGCAAGCAUAGUCAAGCUGAAAUCAAACCAAACAGAUAAAUUUGAGUUAUUGGUUUGGUCCACCUAAACUCAGCGUUUUAAGCCAUACAUGCGCCUUAGUCCAGUUUCACAAAUGUAUCUAAGUGCAUGUAUACGCUCUGUUUGUUAGGUGUGUUUUGUUUUACUUGUGACUCGGGGUGCACGUUAGGAAGAAAGCUCUGGAAGCUUUCAAAUAUUUUGUAUAGAAUUUAUCUUGAUCUUUUUUAUGUUGAAUAUAUUGUGAGUUUUAAUCUGCUUGUUUGUAAAUAAUGGUGGCUUGAACAAUUACAUUUGCAAUUAAAAUGUGAUAAACUAGUCAUUCAGAACAUCAAGAAAGUACGGGGGGAAAUAGUUGUACAGAAACAUGUAUUUUAUUUCCAGUGAUUGAUGUUGAAGUGUACCCUUACCCUUUUCCCUGCAACUGUUUAUUCGUUUUUCAACAUGUUAUAUAAAAAAUACAUUAAAACUAUUUCAUACCAAAGUA